AUGAAGUGGCUCUGGAGGUAUGGACAAACUGAGGUUGGGUUUUGGAAAGACGUCAUUAAGGCUAAAUAUGGCAUUCAAGAUCACUGGUGUCCAAAGGAAAGCAAUGAACCCCAUGGUGUUGGGGUCUGGAAACAUAUAAGUAGUUUCCAAGAUGAUUUCUUCUGGGAAGUAUCCUUCAAAGCUGGUAAUGGACUCAAGAUCAGAUUUUGGCAAGACAAAUUGCUUGGGAACUCUAUGCUAAAAGACUCUUUCCCCUUCUUGUUCCAGAUAGCCUCCAACAAAGAAGCAAUUAUAGCCCAGUACAGAGACAACAACUUCUGGGCUCCUAUUUUCAGAAGGAACUUUCAGGAUUGGGAGAUCAAUGACAUCUUUUCCCUCCUAGAAACUUUGGAAAGCACUACACUGGUGGUUGAAGAUCAAUAUAGGAUUCUUUGGGGUAAUUCUAAGGAAUAG